CACGAGAAUUUUGAUGAGAAAAACGGUUGCGUCAAAAUGACGACAUAUAGGAAUCCAACCGCAAGUUUAAAAUCAAAAAGAAAAGAGUUAUUUGGCUUUGUUUGCGUACGUCAAUUCUUAGAAGCAAUCUCGCUUUUUUUCCCUUUUUAUCUGUACAUCAUCAUCCUUCAAGCUCGGAGCUCUCUAUUCCCGCCGGCGAUCUCCUCCGUUUAAUUCCGGUACUAUUUCCCGCGCCUUCUUCCGCAUCGUUUAAUCUGUUAUCCUUCGUCAUCUCUUUCUCCAAAUUUGUUUAGAUUUUUAAUCGAUCGAAUGGGGAAAUUCAAGAAAGCGAAUCAAAGGGGUCACAUUGCUACACCUUAUCCAUCACCAUGUUGCAAGAAAGAAUGGGCUGGCUCAACCUGCCCAGUAUGCCUGGAGUCUCCACACAAUGCGGUUCUUCUCCUGUGUUCGUCGUAUCACAAAGGAUGUCGUCCUUACAUGUGUGCAACAAGCAGCCGUUUUGCCAACUGCCUCGAGCAAUACAGGAAAUCAUAUAGUAACGAGAACUCAGGACAACCCGAGCUUUUGUGUCCACUGUGUAGAGGUCAAGUGAAAGGUUGGACUGUUGUGAAAGAUGCUCGGAUGCAUUUCAACUCCAAGAGAAGGACUUGUAUGCAGGAUAACUGUUCCUUUUUAGGAAACUUCCGAAAGCUCAAGAAACAUAUGAAGGAAAAACACCCACAUGCUUGCCCGAGAGCCAUUGAUCCAGCUCUGGAAACCAAAUGGAAGAGGCUUGAGAGGGAAAGAGACAGAAGAGACGUGAUAAGCACGAUAAUGUCAUCGACACCAGGUGCUGUUGUGUUGGGAGAUUAUGUGAUAGAGCCCCAUAACCGAGCUGUUUAUGAUGAAGAAGAUGAAGAAGAAGAUUACAGCUCAGAUGACUCUCUGAGCAACGGGAUAUUAGAUCUAGAAUCAUCAUGGCAAGGACAAAGCCAUCAUAUUCGGUUUCUUGAUAUGGAAUCAAGUGAUUUCGCAUCCUCUUCCAGCUCCCCUGCUUCUCCAAGUCGUUCGCUUCACCGUUUGCUCUUUCCAAGGAACCAGAGAGGUGGCAAUAGAGGAGCAGUAUAAAAAGGCUAACAUGACUAGCCAAUUAGCCAUACACAGGGAAUUGAAAAAAAAAACUCGCAGUCGUCCCUUUCUUUUAUUUAUUUUCAUGUAAAUUAUGUAUUCUGUGUAAUUGUAGUAUUGUUUCCGCAUUGUUGUACUCUAUGAGGCAUGAUCUCUUAUGCCUCAUUUCGAAAUCUCUCUUUUA